GUUUCGUGUCAAGAGAUGUCCUCUUUCAAAGACAUCCACCACCAACGAAUCAGUCACAUGACCGGUUCGAAGUCGACGACGAUGACCGAAUCGGAUGAAGUUCUUCCAAAAACGCCCAACGACAAGGAAGCAUUUGCCCGUCUUCUCUGGAUUAAUCAAUGCUAUGAAGCAAUGCCGUCCAGCUCGAAAAUGGUAGUUUUCGAUCAGGGACUCUUGAUGCACAAGGCAUUCAACGGACUGUUAGCCCAAAGUACUCGCCAUGUGCUUCUCUCGGACCCCGAUUUUGGUGGAAAGCUUGACGGAAUUCUCAGUGUCACAGAUUUCAUUAAAGUGAUGCUAAAGAUUUAUCGAGAACGAACAAAAUGCGAAAAAGAGUCGACAGAGCUUGAUAUGACCCAGAUUGCAAACGAAGAGAUUGGAAAUUUAAGUAUUCGCCAGUAUCGAGAGCUCGUCAAGAAAGAAGGAAACCUGCGGCCUCUGGUGUCUGUCGAUGCAAGUGGAAGUCUUCUUGACGCUGCCUGUAUUUUGGCUGAACACCGUGUGCAUCGUAUCCCAGUUAUUGAUCCACUCGAUGGCUCUGCACUUUUCAUUCUCACUCACAAACGGAUUCUCAAGUUUUUGUGGCUUUUUGGAAAACACUUGGCACCUCUCGAAUACCUUCACAAAUCCCCAAAAGAACUCGGCAUCGGAACAUGGAGUGGAAUUCGUGUAGUGUUCCCCGAUACUCAAUUGGUCGACUGUUUGGAUAUUUUGCUCAAUAAAGGAGUCUCUGGACUUCCAGUUGUGGAGAGAGAAACUUUCAAAGUUGUCGACAUGUACUCAAGAUUUGAUGCAGUUGGAAUUGCACUGGAAAAUCGUUUGGAUAUCACUGUGAAAGAAGCGUUGGCGUUCAAAUCUCAAGGAGGACCAAUGAAGAAUGAUGAGCGUGUAGUAUCUGUUCGGGACAAUGAGAGUUUCUGGAAAGCCGUCAACGUGCUGGUCGACCACAAUGUGCAUCGUCUCUGUGCUGUCAAUGAGCACGGUGGUAUUGAAGGAGUGAUCUCUCUGUCCGACGUUAUCAACUUUAUGGUAGUGCAGCCGGGGAGCCAUCUCAGAAACAUCACAGCUCCAAAGAAGCAUUGGGCUCGCCAUCACACUGGAGAUAUGAAUGAUAAGGAGCUCCGAGAGAUUCUUCUCACCAACGCUGCCAACUUUGAGCACGAGUCGUCAAAUUCAAGCAGUCCGUCCAACUCGGCACUGCCAAGCAACCAGAAUAGCUACUCAAAACCCCCAACACAUCAUCACUGAAAUCACUUCAUUUUGUUAAUAUACAAUCAAUAUCACGUCAAAAAUGUUUUCUAUUUUUACCGUAUUGGAGGUCUUGCCUUGCCAUAGGAUUUUCCUUUUCUCUUCUUUUUUCCCCAUCUUCACGUUUAGGCAUAUUUUCAUCGUCUCAUUGAUUAGAGCUAAAUUGUCAAAAAAAAAUUCUCUGACCUGAAAGCAGCAACUUGUGAUAUACAUAUUCCUAAGUCAUUCGAACAUUUUUUUUCUUUUUUUGAUUCUCGUUUUUUACCUACCAAAUGUUUUAUUAAGAAAUCUAUCCAUUCCGAAAUGACGAAUAAAAAUGCAAAACCGCAAAAAAAAUCAAGAAGAGAAAAU